GACUGCCUUUGUGUGACAAGCAUGCAGAGAGAUAAGUUAUUGAGGCCUUCAGCAGUGUGACAACAGGACCUGUUCUUUGCCCUGGUAAGAAGGGACGUGCCAGUUGUACUUGUAGGUGCACGUGCAUCCAUAAGAAGCCGGCUUUGGACAUUAAAAAAAAAUUGCCACUGGGCAGGCAACACAGUACAUUUACAUGCUUGAGGACCCUUGUGCAAUCAAUACAGCCAGCAGAGCUUUGGAAGUGAAGUGUGCCCUCUGUAUCAUAUCUGACUAAUUCUGUUGGAGUGGCCUUUUGAUGGACAAAGAUUGUAUGACAGUCAUUUUUUACAAAGGAUUUUGUGACUAAAGAUUUUUAAAGUGGAGUGGAUUUUUUGAUGGAUUAUACCGAGUAAGAUGAAGGGAGUAUUUACCUGCAUGUAAAUACAUUAGGAUACAUUUGAUACUGCUGAGGACAGAAACAGAACCAAAGAAAAUAUUCUGAAAAGUAGAUAAAAUAAAAACACUGCAGCAGACUACUUUGGAAAUGGGUGACGUAGGGAAAUAUUCUAUAAAUAACAAUAAUCAUAUACAGGGAGUUGUCAUCAAUGAAGUAGAUGAAGGACAGCCCUGCCUUAUAUGUGAAGAAAGAUGCCCUGGGUUCAUCCCUCAUGUUUGGAGAAAAAGUUGUGUAAACUGCAAGUGUGCCAGAUAUGACCAUGACAUAUAUAAUGAUGGCUUUGUCAACAUCAGUGACAGAAUAGGCUGGCAGAGCUCUCCUGACACGGCUCAAAGUUUAGGGAAGGACAAGAUAUAUAAGAUGGGUUAUACAUGGGCACCACUUGGCCUGGCCAUGGACAGGAUAGAUGAAUAUAUGGACCAACUUCCAAAUGAUAAAGUGCCACGGCGAGGUAGCCAGGGAGAAAAAUAUCGGGACCAGCAAAUCACCUACCAACUUCCACGGCAGGAUCUCUGCCAAGAGUACUGCAGGAGUCUUAAGAGUGCUGCAGAAAAGAAGAACUUCAGGGAUUUUGUCGAGCUACGUAAUGAAUUAGCCAUGGGGCUUGGAGUUGUGCAAGAUUAUGUGAAGGAAGAUCUGGUGUGCCACAAAUGUGAAGGUUUGAUAGAGAAGGGGGACAUGGCAGUGUUUGCACCCAAGGUGGAAGCCCCUGUCUGCUGGCAUCCUGCAUGCUUUGUAUGCAACACAUGUGAUGAACUGCUUGUUGAUCUCGUUUACUGUCAAAAGGAAGAGAAACUAUAUUGUCAGCGCCAUUUUGCGGAAAUUUAUAAGCCUCGAUGUGAAGGUUGUGAUGAGCUGAUAUUUGCAGGAGAAUAUACUAAAGCCAUGGAACAAGACUGGCAUAGUGGUCACUUCGCAUGCGCUACCUGCGACAACUCUCUGACAGGCCAGAGGUACAUUCUCAAGGAGGAGAAACCCUACUGCAUCAAGUGCUAUGUUGACAAAUUUGCCAACACCUGUGAAGAAUGCAAGGAGAAGAUUGGAACUGAUUCCAAGGAUUUGUCCUACAAGGACAAGCAUUGGCAUGAGAAGUGUUUCUUCUGCUGUGACUGCAAGUCUUCUCUGGUAGACAAGCCCUUUGCUGCCCGUGAUGAGCGCCUCCACUGUGCUGACUGCUAUGACAACAACUUUGCUGCCCGCUGCGAUGGCUGUAGUGACAUCUUUAGAGCAGGAAUGAAGAAGUUUGAGUACAAGGGCAAACAGUGGCAUGAGCAUUGCUUCUGCUGCCUUUGCUGCAAGCAGCCCAUUGGCAACAAGAGCUUUAUCCCUCGUGGUGACGAUGUUGUCUGCACCCAGUGCUAUGAAGAUCAGUUUGCCAUGAGAUGCAUGAAGUGCCAAGGGGCCAUUAAUAAGGGUGGUGUAACCUACAAGGGGGACCCAUGGCAUCGUGAGUGUUUCACAUGCACAAAUUGUGACACCCAGCUGGCCGGCCAGAAAUUCACGUCCAAGGAUGACAAGCCAUACUGUGCCGACUGCUUUGGCGAACUCUUUGCUAAGAAAUGUUGUAGAUGUACUAAGCCAAUAACAGGUAUUGGUGGAACUAAGUUUAUUUCGUUUGAGGAUCGCCAUUGGCACAGCUCUUGCUUCAACUGCUACCAAUGUAACACAUCACUUGUUGGCCGUGGCUUCCUGACCAAGGAGAUGGACAUCCUGUGCCCACAGUGUGGCAGAUAAGUCCCUGCUCCAGCCCAGGCUACUCUUGGGAGGCCUAAGGUGCCUUCAAACCAUGCAGCCACAUCUGUUGAUGUAGGAUGUCAAAUGUAGAAUACAACCAAGAGGGAAAAUUAAGCGUUUACUUUUUAAAUAUGUUGAUACAAAAAGUGGACUUAAAUUGGAGAAAUUUCUGGAGAUGUGAUGAAUAGUGCAAGAUAUAUCUUGUAUCUCAUGCAGCUAUUUAUUUCCAUUUUUGAGUAGAAACAUGACAUUUCAUUUUAUGCAAUGAUUUAAAAAGAAAAAAAAAUGAUACA